AUGAGACGUACAUAUGCAGGCCCAUCAAGUUCAAAUGGAAAAUAUACUCCAAAACUUGACCCAGGCAAGAAUUUACCAACUUCAAAUUCUGGAUCAAAUCCAAACUAUUUUUCUCAAUCUAAGGGUCAAGAAGAGAACAAAAAUUAA